UAAAAUUUUUCAAUAAACCCUAGGUUCAGUCGUUUUCUACUUUCUCCGCUCCGAUUCAUUUUUCUCAAAUUUUCCUCUCCCAUCGACCUCCGGCAGCGCACUGCCACGCCAACCUUACUCCUCUCUUUCUUCCUCAAUCUCCACAGUUGCCCAUUUUCCAUCGCCGGCGCACCUUUGCAUCGAUUUUCUUUCUCCUUCCUCAUUUCACUCUCUACUGCAACCUCACGUCGCAAGCUGACCCUUUGCACAAUGCUUUUUUGGAUGUUUCGGUUUUGAGGCUGAAUCGCGACGCCGUGGGUGUCGGUGACUGUAACACGCCGUCGUGGGUAUCAGGUCAGUGGCGGUUGGCUCGGUGGGUCUCGGUUGUCAGAGGCAGUUUCCGGCGGUUUAUCUCAGUGCCGGUGUGAGUCUCGGGUUAGAGACUGAAGCACGCAGUGGGUUCCCUUAUUUGCAAUCAAACGGUAACAUUGAGAUUGAUGUAAAGAUUGUGGGUAAAUUUCAAGGGAGUUGAUUUCUAUUCUGCUGGUGUUGUGGGCGUUUAAAUCCGUUGUUCUUCUUCAUUGUCGAUUCCUCAUCGCACUUUCUAUCGACGGAUAGGGCCUCAUUUCCCAUUGCUUUUUACGUACCUACUGUAACUCUUGAGUCCCCUAGUUGUGAUUGUUCUCUGUGUAAAGCUUGUUUUAGGUAUUGGGGUUUCAUCAAUUUGAUCUUGUUUCAAAACCCUCGAGCUUAGCUUCUGAGGGAGUCCUUAAACAUGAACAAUGGCGAAAACAGGCGAUUGAAUGGGGAAGCCGAUGAAGAAGACGAUGAUGACGAUGCCAAUGGCGGACUUGCUGCGUGGGAAAGGACAUAUGCGGAUGAUAGGUCGUGGGAGGCCUUGCAAGAGGAUGAGUCUGGACUUCUUCGCCCGAUCGACAAUAAGGCAAUUUACCAUGCCCAGUAUAGAAGGCGCCUUCGUUCCCUUUCUUCCUUAGCAACCACUGCUCGAAUUCAGAAGGGUCUUAUUCGCUAUCUCUAUAUCGUCAUUGACUUCUCUAGGGCUGCUACAGAAAUGGAUUUUCGACCAAGUCGAAUGGCUGUUGUGGCAAAACAUGUAGAGGCUUUUGUCAGGGAAUUCUUUGACCAAAAUCCACUGAGUCAGAUUGGUUUGGUGACUAUAAAAGAUGGGGUUGCUCAUUGCUUAACAGAUCUUGGUGGAAGCCCUGAAUCCCAUGUUAAAGCUUUAAUGGGUAAACUGGAAUGUUCAGGUGAUGCAUCCCUGCAGAAUGGUCUGGAACUUGUCCACGGCUUUCUAAAUCAAAUUCCAUCAUAUGGGCAUAGAGAAGUUUUAAUCUUAUACUCUGCUCUUAAUUCUUGUGAUCCUGGAGACAUCAUGGAGACAGUUCAGAAAUGCAAAACUUCUAAAAUAAGGUGUUCAGUAAUUGGUCUUACUGCAGAAAUUUUUAUAUGCAGACAUCUCUGCCAAGAAACUGGUGGCUCAUACUCUAUAGCAUUGGAUGAGUCUCAUUUCAAAGAGUUGCUAUUGGAGCAUGCACCCCCACCCCCAGCAAUAGCAGACUCUGCAAUGCCUAAUUUAAUCAAGAUGGGGUUCCCACAAAGAGCAGCAGAGAGUUCUAUUGCAAUAUGUUCAUGUCACAAGGAAGCUAAAGUUGGAGGGGGCUAUACUUGCCCUCGAUGCAAAGCACGAGUUUGUGAGCUGCCCACAGAGUGUCGGAUUUGUGGAUUAACACUUAUCUCCUCACCCCAUUUGGCUAGGUCAUAUCACCAUCUCUUUCCAAUUAUACCAUUUGAUGAAGUCUCUGAUAAAGUACUUCAUGAUCCACGAAAUCAACUUCCAAAAGUUUGUUUUGGCUGCCAAGAAAGCCUCAUGAAUCCUGGCACAGGUAACAGCCCAGGCAUCCGUGUUUCUUGCCCAAAGUGCAAACAACACUUCUGUCUUGAUUGUGAUAUUUAUAUCCACGAGAGCUUGCAUAAUUGUCCUGGCUGUGAGAGUUUCAGGCGUCCCAAAUCGGCGACUUCUGAUGAAUGAAUGUCUACUUUCGGAUGCAACUGUAUGAUGGCCCUAACCGAAUCCAAACAUGACUGCUCUGUCUGUUCAUUUGGGUAAAAAGCUGUAACAAGCUUUGUACAACUGUUUAUAGUUUCAACCAUGUCAUCCAAUGAUGGUGAAUCUAAGGCUCACAUUAUGACUGCAGAGUCGUCUUUCGUAUUUCUUGACAGCUCCUAACCAAUUUCAUAGAGAUCCAAAGCUUUGUGGUUUUGACACUAUAUGCCAUUGUUGAAAUUGGCUAGAAGAUUAAUUUUUCAAGAUGAAAGGCUGAAACCCACUUUCCUUCUAGGCUGCAGGAUGGCUGAUUUUACUUGGAGUGUACCCAAAAUUGACCCCCCAAUGGACAAUUUCCAUUUUCAUGAGAUUUUGCAGGAACUUGAUAAUAAUUAUUGUCUGAUAUUUAAGAUGUAUUUGUCAUUCAUAUUCUUUUAGUUAAGUUAUGAAAUGAGCUUGUGCCAAAAACUUCAGUGUCUACUAUUACCAAUAAACAUUUAGGUACCAACGUUGUAAAUAUUAGCCAACAUGGUUAUAGUGAACUUUCUUUCAAAUGUAAUCAUAUUGGCUCAUAAGGACAGGGAACUUUUUUGGGGAGAAUGGAAAAAAGAGGGCUUUGCUUUACUAA